CGCUUGUUGUUGUUUUCGGAACUCUCAGUGAAAACAAAUAUUAUUUUUUGUAAAAAGUCUCCGGGACGAAGAACUCAUCACCUUAACACACUGGAUUAAUAAUGAAACAUGCAAUAAAGAUACAAUGUUAUGCCAUGUUAUAAAUCACAUCACAAGUAUUUUUAAAGUUAAAUAAAUAUGUGGGCGAGCAAUUACUUUGGUAAAAAGUUAUUGUCAGCAACCUCAACACGUAUUAAAGUUUUCUCUUGUUAUCUUUCAAGCGUAGAGCCUGUAUUUGAAAAGGAAAUAGAUAAAGUAACAAUAGUAGGAGGUGGAACAAUGGGUGCUGGGAUUGCUGAUAUUGCUGCUCAAAGUGGUUUUAAAGUGACAAUAGUAGAUUCAGACGAAUCGACACAAAAAUGCAUGGUACAAAUAGUAAAAACAUUAAGUCUUUCGACUCAAAAAAGAUUUCCCAAUGAACCAAAAGGAGCAAAGAAAUAUAUAGAUAAUGUUUUAAAAAAUAUCCAAACAAACAGUCAUAUUGAAAAUGGAUGUUCAGAUGCUGAUCUGGUAAUUGAGAGCAUCAUUGAAAAUUUAAAUAUUAAAAAGGACAUUAUUCAAAAAAUUGAAACAGUAUUACCAAAAAACAGCAUUAUUGCUUCCAAUACUUCUUCUUUAACUUUAAGUGAGCUCUCUGAUCAUUUAAAUUAUCCUGAAAAUUUUGGUGGCUUGCACUUUUUCAAUCCUGUUUGGAAAAUGAAACUUGUUGAAGUUGGACGCUCAUCAAAAACAUCAGAACAAACUAUUAAAAGAUUGACCAAUUUUGCAGAAGAUUUAGGCAAAAAAGUAGUCACAUGCAAUGACAUAUCAGGUUUCAUUGUAAAUAGACUAUUGUUUCCAUAUCUUCUUGAAGCACUGAGGUUGUAUGAUCGUGGGCAUGCAUCUGUAGUGGAUAUUGAUACUGCCAUGAAACUUGGUGCUGGUUUUCCGUUGGGACCCUUUGAAGUUAUUGAUCGAAUUGGACUUGACAAUGUAAAAAUGAUUAUAGAUGGGUGGCAUUUUAAAGAACCCAAUAAUCCGAUAUUCUUUCCAAGUUUAACAUUAAACAAACUGGUGGAAGAGAAGAAAUUAGGGAAAAAAACAUUGCACGGGUUUUAUGAGUAUAAACAUAAAAUGUAUUGAGCUACAUUUAUUUUAUAAUGCAUGUCUUA